UCUCUCUCUCUCUCCUACGUGUGUGUAUAUAUAUAUACAUACAUAUCUCCCAACGCCGCAACAUCACAACGGCGAAGAGAGAGAUAGGGAGAGUGAAAAGAGAGAGAGAGAGAGGACUCAGCUCAGCACUCCAUUUCCGUUAAUUUUCCGGCGACUCGAACUACGCUGUGCGCCAACGCCGAAGAAGUGAGUGAGCCAUGGGGGAGGCUUUACUCUCAGAUCUCGGCACAGAGAUAGUGAUCCCGGUGUGCGCUGUCAUCGGAAUCGUCUUCUCCUUAGUCCAGUGGGUGAUCGUCUCCAAAGUCAAGGUCUCGCCGGAAAAAUCGUCUCCGGCGGCGGCCAACAACAACAAGAACGGUGGCUUCACCGAAUCGUUGAUUGAGGAGGAGGAAGGUCUCAACGAACACAACGUCGUCCAGAAAUGCGCCGAAAUUCAGAGUGCUAUCUCUGAAGGGGCAACCUCCUUCCUUUUUACUGAAUAUCAAUAUGUUGGUAUUUUCAUGGUUGCUUUUGCUGUUUUGAUCUUCCUUUUCCUUGGCUCUGUGGAGGGAUUCAGCACAAAGAGCCAGCCUUGUACUUAUGACAGCACCAGAACGUGUAAGCCUGCCCUCGCCACUGCUGCCUUCAGCACCAUAUCUUUCUUGCUUGGUGCUGUCACAUCAGUGGUUUCUGGCUUUCUUGGAAUGAAAAUUGCUACCUAUGCAAAUGCCAGAACUACCUUGGAGGCAAGAAAGGGUGUCGGGAAGGCUUUCAUCACUGCUUUUAGAUCUGGUUCAGUCAUGGGUUUCCUCCUUGCUGCAAAUGGUCUUUUAGUGCUGUACAUUACCAUUAACGUCUUCAAGUUGUACUAUGGUGAUGAUUGGGAAGGCCUCUUUGAAUCUAUAACUGGUUAUGGCCUUGGUGGAUCCUCCAUGGCCCUCUUUGGCAGAGUAGGUGGAGGUAUUUAUACAAAAGCUGCUGAUGUUGGGGCUGAUCUUGUGGGCAAGGUUGAGAUGAACAUCCCUGAGGAUGAUCCCAGAAAUCCAGCUGUGAUAGCUGACAAUGUUGGUGACAACGUUGGGGAUAUUGCUGGUAUGGGAUCUGAUCUAUUCGGCUCGUAUGCGGAAUCAUCAUGUGCUGCUCUUGUUGUUGCUUCCAUAUCAUCUUUUGGGAUCAAUCAUGAUUUCACUGGAAUGCUUUAUCCUCUGCUUAUCAGUUCUGUGGGUAUCCUUGUUUGUUUGCUAACCUCCUUAUUUGCUACUGAUUUCUUUGAAAUCAAGGCUGUAAAGGAUAUUGAGCCAACAUUGAAGAAGCAACUCAUUAUCUCCACUGCACUGAUGACUUUUGGUGUUGCUCUAGUCAGUUGGAUUGGGCUUCCAUCUUCCUUCACCAUCUUCAAUUUUGGAGUCCAGAAAGAAGUACAGAACUGGCAGCUGUUCUUGUGUGUUUGUGUUGGUUUGUGGGCUGGGCUUAUUAUUGGGUUCAUAACCGAGUAUUAUACAAGCAAUGCAUACAGCCCUGUUCAAGAUGUUGCAGAUUCCUGCCGUACUGGAGCUGCUACUAAUGUUAUUUUUGGCCUUGCAUUGGGAUAUAAAUCAGUCAUUAUUCCAAUUUUUGCCAUUGCAAUCAGCAUUUUUGUUAGUUUUAGCUUUGCUGCUAUGUAUGGUAUUGCAGUAGCUGCCCUUGGAAUGCUGAGCACCAUAGCUAUUGGAUUGGCCAUUGAUGCAUAUGGUCCCAUCAGUGAUAAUGCUGGAGGUAUUGCUGAGAUGGCUGGCAUGAGCCAUAGAAUCCGAGAGAGAACUGAUGCUCUUGAUGCCGCAGGAAACACCACAGCUGCUAUUGGCAAGGGCUUUGCAAUUGGGUCAGCAGCCCUUGUGUCCCUGGCCCUCUUUGGUGCCUUCGUGAGCCGUGCAGGGAUUUCAACCGUAGAUGUGUUGACACCUAAAGUUUUCAUUGGAUUGAUUGUGGGUGCAAUGCUUCCUUAUUGGUUCUCUGCCAUGACAAUGAAGAGUGUUGGGAAAGCAGCUCUUAAAAUGGUUGAGGAAGUGCGUAGACAAUUCAGGGACAUCCCUGGCCUCAUGGAAGGCACUGCCAAGCCUGACUAUGCUACGUGUGUGAAAAUCUCCACAGAUGCCUCACUCAGAGAAAUGAUUCCUCCUGGUGCUCUUGUCAUGCUCACGCCCCUCAUUGUUGGCAUCCUUUUUGGUGUUGAAACACUAUCUGGUGUGCUUGCCGGAGCCCUUGUAUCUGGUGUACAGAUUGCUAUCUCUGCGUCUAACACUGGCGGUGCUUGGGAUAACGCCAAGAAAUAUAUUGAGGCUGGUGUUUCUGAGCAUGCAAGGACCCUUGGUCCCAAGGGAUCCGACGCACACAAAGCGGCUGUGAUCGGUGAUACUGUUGGGGACCCACUCAAGGACACAUCUGGACCGUCACUCAACAUCCUCAUCAAGCUAAUGGCAGUCGAGUCACUCGUGUUUGCUCCCUUUUUUGCUACACACGGCAGUCUACUAUUCAAGCUUUUUUAGAUCUACAUGGGAUUUGCCAACAAUUUCUUUCUGAUCUAUGUUUUCCGACACUGUCUCUCUCCCUCCCCAAUUCUCGUGUUUCCUUCUCUCUGCCAUAUCUACAUGUUCUAACUUUUUUGUCUCGACAAUGUUUAGUUUCCGGUGGUUAAAACUCUGAAAAUUGUAUCUUCUUUAGGUUAAAGCUCUGGUAAAGAAAAUUUCCCUUAGAUGAGGGGGUUGGUGAUGGUGAUGAUAAUGGAUAGUCUUGUGAAGAGCUGGGAUAGCUUUGUUGUUCUUUGCCCAAGUAAACGAACGAGUAGUUGUUCUUUGUCCUUUC